CCUACUCGUUAAACCAAGGGCGGAACCUAAACAAAAUGGUGACUUCAGUCGCUAUUUGUUUAGAGUCUAGAUUAGAUUUAGCUAGUCCAAGACUCUAAUCUUGGUGUUCAAAUUUGUCUAGCAAACCGAUAAUGAAAUCUCUUGAACAUCACAAUGGCUAACUUUGGAAAAGAUUUACAAGACAGAUGUGUUCACAUACGCUCGGCGGAACAAAAUGAACAUUUCACGGUUUACAUAAUAUCUGUAACUGUUGGAUCCUAUGCAUGGACAGUGAAACAUCGUUACAGCGAAUUUCAUGAUCUUCAUGAAAGGCUGUCAGCAAGCUACAAACUUGACAAAACUCUCCUACCUCCUAAAAAAUUAUUUGGAAAUCAAACAGAAGCUUUUAUCAAAAAGCGUCAGAAGGAAUUGGAAAUCUAUUUGCAGACUAUCAUCCUUUGUUUGGCUCAACACAUUCCUUCAAGUCUAGCCUACUUUCUUGAUUUUGAUAAAUAUGAGAUCCAUGGAAUUACUCAGGCUAUGGCAGAGGAUCUCUACAAUAGAGGUGAGAGUUUGUUACAGACCAAAGAUCAGUAUGAAGUCACUUCACUCCAGCUUUACUCACUUACUGAGAGACUUAAACUUCCUGAGCCGACAUGUGAUAGCGGUGAUCUUAAGAAAGAUUUAGGCCAUAUUCUUGACUUCAUUACCAGAAGUAAACAUUUAAAAGUCGUGAGUGGUAAAAAACCAGUUGGCACUAGUAAUAUUAUUAUGAACAAGCUGCCAUUUGAUUUGACCUUGUUUAAGUCAUUGCAAACAUUAGAGAUCACUGGGUGUAAUUUUAGACUCAUCACUGGUCUUGAAACUGUGAAGCAGACGUUGACUCGAUUUGAUGUGCAUGAGUCAUCAUCUUCUUUAAAAGAAAUCUUAUUACAAGAUGCACCUCAUUGGAAAGCAGAAGAUGGUUCUUUGAUUGUUGGCUAUUGGGACUUAGUGGUAGAAGCAGAUUUGAGUCGGAACUCUUUCUCGGAUAUACCAGAUUGCAUUCAACUGAUGCCAAAUAUUGAAAAGUUGAAUUUGGGCGACAACCUGAUUGAGAGUAUUCAAAAUCUGCAGUGGCUUAGCCAGCUUACUCAUCUGGAUUUGAGUCACAACAACAUCAAACAUGUGGAUUCACUUCACACAAAGAUGGGCAAUGUCAAGGUCGUCAGAGUAGCUCACAAUCGCUUGGAGAGUCUCCAUGGUUUUGCAAAACUUUUCUCGCUGGAAACGCUUGACGUGUCAUUCAACAAAAUUGCUUCAAUUGAUGAGCUUCGCUAUGUCAGUCAACUUCCAUGUGUUGAAGAUUUGUUGCUGGUGGGCAAUGCUGUAACGAAUGCCUUAGAUUAUAGGACUAAGACAUUGGAAAUGUUUGGCGAUAGAGUGAGGGAAAUUGUACUGGACAACCAGCCCCCAGAUCAAAAAGAACUGGACACGGUUGCUGUGUUGCAAGCUUUACGUAAGGCCAAGGAUGUGAAAAUUACCAAGAGGCCUAAAAAGAAUCCAUCUGUUGUUAGUCUCUCAGAGUAUGGUCAAUGUUCACCAACCAACUCCCUCAAUAGUACCAAUGAGGGCAAAGUCAGCAGAACUGAAUCUCCUUUGCCUGGUGUAAUCAGUCGGUCAGUUCCCUCAGCUUCCGACUGGUCUAGAAAAGAGCAGCAUGGUGUUGUACGCAGUUCCAGCCCCUGUAGUCAGGAGUCUAUAUCAUCACAGAGUGAUGUCCAUGAGGCGGAAGUCAGUCAUGAUGGUCAGUCUCAGCAGCCACCAUCUCAGACCAAUGCUGAAUCUUAUUUCAACACUAACAACAAUAGUGACAGUGAUGGCCUCACUGAAGUUUACGCUCAUGAACUUGUUCCAGAGGCACAUCCGUUUGACUUGAGCUCUGAAAACCCUGCCUCCUAUACGUAUAGCCCACACUUGUCCACACCCAAGAAAACCUCUAAUGUGGGAGAAGUCAGGUCUCCCUUAACGACCGGCACGUCACCGCAACCAGCAUUAGUCUUAGCCUCUGCCAAAGCACUAAACUUAGAAACAGUGUGCAGCCCAGCGGUAACAAAAUCAGGCUCCGAACCACUGGAACCAAAAGCCAUCAUUUCAAGUUCAGAUCUGUCACAUUCACUUCCUGCUGUCACUGGACCUUCGGAAAAGAGGAAGCUGAAGCUAACUUACAAUGUAUCUGACUUGCCGACAACUUCAUCAGAGAACUUUGUUGCUUGGCUGAGUACCCAACUGUUUGGAGACAUGUCGCCCACUUUCCACCCUGGCAAAGAGAGAAUGAGAAGUGAGCAAGAGUCUGUCCUGGACAUUCUCUGGUGCUAUGUCGAGCAGCUCUCCAAGCCUAACCAUCUUCACCCCUGCUGCGUUGUGGUCACCAAAAGUAAAAUUUUUAUCGAGGAGUUGGUCGCCAUGCAAUCCUGUUAUCCCGCAGUGCCAGUCUUGAGGCCCCUUAGUAUUAUGCCCAUUGGAAACAUACAGCAAGUAGUGAUUGGUCCCUGCCAUGCCUAUCUAAGACUGGAGGAAGCCUUUGUUGGGAAGUGUGGCACGUUCACCCUGUUUGCUGUGGAGUCACUGGGUCUGAGGCGGUUUUUGUCCAAGCUGCAAGAAGCUUGUUUACAUCUACACACCACUUGCUGUCCUGAGUACGUCAACCUAAGUCAUCAGUCAGAUCUCUUGGAUGAAGUCAUCACCCUGGAGGAGAAAUGCUUUGGGAUGCCCUCUGACAGGCUGUCGAUUGUUCUUCUUAUUAGGGUCAAGGACACUCCUGGUUUUUGUCUCUUGGUGCUGUCAGAGAAUUGUGUUUACUGUUUGAAUCCAGCGCUUGUUCAUUGGCCCCCAGCAUCAUUUGAAACUGACCCAGAAGAGUCAAUGAAGUUUGAGGUUUGCCAUCAAUUCUCUAUUGUAGAUGCUAUUUUUGAUAUCAAAAUUCAUCCCAUUCCAGAUUGUGAAGUGGAAGACUUUAGAACACCUGGAUCAGGCCUAAAUGUUGAUUUUAAGCCUUAUGAACUGUCACUGGAGGUCUCUUUUCCUUCCGAUAGGUCCAAAAAUAUCUCUACAAACAAUUGCAAUGCAUCGUCACCCUCCUCUGUCCUUGACCUUGGUCAAAGAAAGAACACUAGUAUCUGCUAUAUGUUCCCAUCUUCUGCUCACAGAGAUGUGUUCUUGGACAGACUUACCUGUUUAAGAGCAGAACAAGCCAACAGAAUGUCACCAACUGUCAGGGAGGAGCCUGAGGGGGGGAAUGAACUGCAGUCACUAACAGAUAACAACCUUGUGGGGAAAGUCAUAUCUACAUUGGCGCCAAAACGUUUAACAUCAAAUCAUAAAGAUUUAGGGGUAAAUAUGACCAAACUUGAAGUCUCUGGCUCUACAAAUCCAUUAAAAUUAAUCAUUAAAUCUUCAGAGACUGAAUCAGAAAUAGGAAGUCUGUGUUCAAACAAGUCAAAUUUAAGAGCUGAAUCAGCAAGUAAUAGCGAUGAAACCUACCAGGAUGAUACAGCCUCCUUGGACAGGGAAUUGUAUUACUCUGCCUCUCCCAAAGAUGACCUUUCUGUUUCACCAAUGUCCAACUUUUCCAGGGCAAGCAUUAGUCCUCCAGCUGGGCAGCUUCAGGGGCAAAAAAAACCUAUUGCCCUUACCUCUUCUCAGAAACUGACCUCAAUCAAAGCUGAUUCCCUGCCGUCUAGUUUUGAUUGGAAAGAAUAUUACUUCCAGCCUGCGCACAGUCAAACGUCAGAGAACUUUUCCGAGAAUGCUGCUUACCCUUCCUCUUCUAGGACAGCAAGUAUGAGAAGUAAUCUUCUUAUCAAGAUACCUGGAGUUUUGGAAGACCUAGAGUCCAGUGCAGAGUAUAACCCUACUUCUUUAGAAGAGACAGAGCAUGAGCUUUACCUUAGGCAGUGCGUCAGGUCUUAUGACCUCAUCAACCCGCUUCCCCGGAAGCUCAAGCCUCUCUGCCUCAUGAAUGGGAGAGAACUGCUUCAAUUUUUCCGCAAUGUGAUUGCUCAAAACUCAGCUGACUACACUGACAGGCUGUCUGAGGAACUUCACCAUGUCUUGUGGUCUGUAGUCAUUCCAUACACAAACCCUAGACAGGAAAUUGUCACUUUGAUCAUGUUGAGUACCCAUAACAUUUAUCUGGUUUCUGACACCAGCCCACAGCCGACCCCCAAGUCCAGACCUUCCUGGAUGACGCAUUCACGCAAUCGUUCUGACUCUGCUAUUUCAUGGACAUCUCAAAACUCAGGGUACGUCUCAUCUGGGAAAAAGCCUGUCACCUCCUAUUUUGUAUUCAGGUACGGUGACCUGCAACAGGUUAAUAUCGGAUUGUUUGACCAGUGUGUUAGGCUUACAGGUAAUAAUGAGAAAUCUGUCUUUACCAUAGCCACUAGGGACAGCACGGUUACUGAAGUCUUCAUCCGGAAACUGAAAUAUAUUUUAUCAUUUAGAGUUUCCUCCCCUAUGGUAGACAAAAGCAAGACUGAGAUUGAGCAAGACUUCUAUGGUUCGGCCCAUCAGCGGGUGAAGUCCACUCUGGAUGGCAUGGUGUAUACCCACCCAAGCAAGGUCAACUUUGUGUAUCCUGGAGAGGAUUCUGUACAUGACAUUCUAUAUCUUGUGAAGGCCAAAGUAACCAAAGGUGUCUCUCCCAAGAAUGCACCCUCCUCCUUAUGGUUCUACAUGCAGUGCUAUCAAAUUUUGGCAGAUGAAAGGGGCUCGGAGAGAAAUGUGCCCAGAACAUUUAUUGUUACCCAGACUCACAUUUGUCUAGCGGAGGAAGACUCUGUGACCUAUCCUCUCCCAGAUUUUGUAAGGGGGUUGCCAGAGAACCCGUGCCACGAAAUGAAAGAGUGCCGCUCUAUAGACUGCUUAAAAAGAGUCACACUAUCUCAUAGCAACUACCACUUUCUCAGCCUGACCUUCUCAGAGGAAGUGGAGGACAUAGUGGUUGAUGUCUCUGUUGAACACUUUAGUCCUGCCAGUAAAGGACGGCUGGACAUCAACCCAGAGUUCACUCUUAAAUUCUACGUACAGAGCUUGAAGGAGAGAGACAAGUGUAUCAGGGUAUUAGAAAAACUCUGGAAGCAGCUCGUCUCCCAGGUUGGUCUCAUUCUGGAUGUCAAUAAAGUUUGAAAAGAAGGUAAACGCGGCUUUGUGUAUCUAUUUUUUUUUUUAAAGAACAUUCUCUUGUCUGUUGUAAACUGAUAAUGAAAACUUGGAUAUGAAAUUUGACACACAUACGCUUAUAGUUUCCUCAAAAAACUUUAUGGCUUUUGAAGUUUUUUUUUAAAAAGUAAUUUGUAAUGUUUUUAUUGAUAUCAGUUUUUAAAUGAUACCAGCUGACUGUAAAAUAUGAAGCUUUGAAUAUUUAUACAAACAACUAAAAGAUAAGAUGAUUUAUUUGCAAGUUAGACCUGAUUGUUGUAUCUGAAUUUACACCACAUUUGUUGGUCUAGAGACAUGAACAAACAAAAAUCUCGUUUAAAUUAUUGAUUAUAGUCGCAGUUUUAAGAUAGUGUCCAUGAAGAAGAUUCUCACGCUAAAUGUUUUGUAUAAAAACUUAUUCCAUAUUAACCUGUUAUUGUGAGAAAUGUUCCAUUAGCAUUUAGCUUCAUGAUCAAUAUUAACUUUUUUUUAUUUUACCUCUUAGGAGACGUUUUUAAGGAUCAUUUUGUUAUGGAUUUAUUUCUUUUUAAAAGAUAAUUUCUUUUUUUUUUUCUUUAAAAAACAGUGAGAGUCCAAGCACAAAAGUACAAUCUAUAUUUGUUUUGAGACGUGUUUUAUCCAAUGACUUCUUGAGAUUUUAUUUCAUGAUUAGAAAUUGGUUUCAGUUGCUUGUCUCCCGUGAGUCUUUCACGAGUUUUGUUUUGUAAAGCCUCAUACAGAAUUUAUUGUUGCGUAGAUUAGACUGAAGAAAUGGACAGAGGCUGAAAGAGAAUGUUUGAUUGUGUGUUUUACUUUAUGUUAAUUCUGUGAUGAAACUGUGAUACACUUGUGGUCAGGGCUGAGAAUUAUUGUAUAAUCUAGCCAGAGUGUCAGAUAUGUGAGCACCAGGGAACUGCUAUAAUGCUAAAUCGUUUGACAGAGCUGUAUUAAUAUCAUCACAAUGGCUCUGAUAUGAUUGAACACUAUUGAUAGAUGUCUGGUCAUGAAAUGGAUUGUUCAAUGAACUUCAGCUCAUUGAGUACUUCAUGUUUCUUUUUUUUCUUAGUUUGAAUCUUGUGUUAUUUGUUUGGCCUGUUUCCCCCUUCCCAUCACACAGACAAGUCCACAGUAAACAUGGUAAUAUACCAGGGUCAUUCUUUUUUUUAUUAUGAUAAUGAAUGCUUGACUAAAGUGUUUUUUUUUUAUAUAACAUAUAAAGUUAAUUUUAAAAAUAAAAAAAAUCUAAACUUUUGUUUUAUUCAGAAUACAUACAGUUUUUUCUUAAUUUUAUUUUAAAGAGUACUUAAAAGAUGCAAUCUUAAAAAAAAAUAGCAUUAGAACUUCAUAAAUGUAUGUGUGAUUUUUUGAAAAGAUUAUCGUUUUAGAUGUUUGAAUUUCACAUGUAAUGCCAUUUGUCAUGAUGUAAAUAAACUUUUUUUCAGUCAUCACAUUUCAUGAACAAUAAAGAUUUAAUGAUCAUAUUCAUGUAUUUAAAUAACAAAGUAACAGCUUCUAACUGCUUUAACAUUUUGUUUUCAUGAGGAGUGGAGAUGUCUUUGUGUACAGUAGUAAAUAGUUUCAGGCAGUGAUUGUCCUCUUCUUUGGUAUUUGUGUCAUAUGCAGUAGUUCCUCUUUAAUCCUUACCAGUAUCCUUCUGCUUACAUAGGUGAAUCCACUAAGUAGGGGCUGUGGCAUUUUUAAAAUACCGUAUAUCUUAAGGCUUUAGAAACUCCUGAUUCUUUGGUAUAUCUUCCUUAUUUAACAUUUGAUAAUAAUAAGAAUUUCAUUAAUAGAGCCUGUCAACAAACAAAAUGUAGGCUCAAGGCACUGUGAUAACAUUACAAACAUAAACACCAGAGCUAAAGGGACAAACUAAUCUGUAAAAAGUUUUUCUUGUAGUGAAGCAUGUUGUCUGUCUGAGAUCAUUGGGGAGUGAGUUCCAAACCUUUGGUCUGUGUACUGAAAAAGCCAGCAGACCUGAAAAAUCCCACAAACUAACUUAUGAAAGAAUAAUUUAAACCUUUGGUCUGUGUACUGAAAAAGCCAGAAGACCUGAAAAAUCCCACAAACUAACUAAUGAAAGAACAAUGUGGCACAACUGAAAGAUAUGAGUCCUUUGCAAAAGUAGAGAGGUUGUAGUAUAUAAUUUCUAGUCUGAAUGUCAAACUUUCACACCUUCUGUUGUAAAUACAUUGUCCUAGUUUGUUGCUUGUUAACGACAUUACCAAUUUGAUAACACAACUUAAAGGCUACAUUAUGUAGACUUGUGUUGCACAAUUUUUGAUAAUUCAUCAAUGCAUAUUUUUUUCUUGUUGUUAAGCUUUAAGAAGGGAGUUAUGUCCCAUUCUGUACAUGUGAUAAAUAUCUAAUGAAAUGUUUAGAUUGGUUCAAGGAUUUGAACAACUUGGUACCAUUCUGAACUUAAAGGUAAACUCUGAUGGUUUAGACAAUUUUUGAAAUGUGUUUUAAAUUACAGAUUAGUAAUAUAUUAUUCUUUUAAUUUUAUUUUCAAUAAUAACUUAGCAAUUGAUGUUUUUCUGAUGUAAUUUUUCUGCGCAUCCAAAACAGUCAGAUUUUUACUGGGUUCCUAUGUGACGUCAGAGUAACCAAAUGUGUAGCCUACAUAUAUGUGACCAGGUUGUUAAUAGUAGUCAGACUCCCAGUCUAUUUACUUUUUCGGCAGGGAGGAGUGUGAAAGAAAAUGCUUUUUCCCCCUAGAGUUAGUUAUUAUAAUGCUUUGAGAUCUAAAUGAUUGUAGAUGUAAACCUAGAUCUCAGUAGUAUUGACUGUUAAAAUACUAUCUAUUAUACAUACCUAUAAAAGAUGUUUGUUUCUAACAAAAUAAAAAAGGAUGUAUUUAUAUAUGUUUAUUUUUCCCUCCUUUGACUAAAAUCUUCAUAAAAGUGUCUACUUUCAUUUUUUAAAAAUUUUAUUGACUUAUUGUUUAAUGGAAAACCAUACAGUAAAGUUUACAUGCUCGUAAUAGAAAUAGAUCUUGGUCUAUGCUGUUAAAUCUAGAUCUUAAAAGCAAAGAAAAAAAUAGGUGUUGAGAAAAGAUUUACUUGCUUGACUAUGUCAGUGUGUACUUUCUUAUCUGAGCAUUCAGCAGACUACAAACAGUAUCACAUGGUCAUCUUGUCAUGACCAACUACACAUAGCCUACUAAAGUUAGCUAGCCUUACACUUACCAGUUUGUUAAAAUCAGUCAGACACUAUCUAGUUACUUUUUGGGACAGGGAGGGGUAUGGAUGAAAAUAUUGUUUUUUUCUCGAAUUGGUUAUCCUAAUUCUAUUAAAUCUUAUAUAUUACUGUGCUAGUGACUAACAAAGCUAUGGACUAGGCCGUCACUAAGCCUAACAGCCCCUGUAAGAAUGAAGCAAUACGAUUGGUUAAAUCUAGAUUCGAUUUCAGUAUUUUUGGGGGAAGGGACGUAUGCUAGGCCCAAAAACAAAGAGCCCAAUUUUUUUUGUCAAGAAUUUAAUGACUAAUUUAUUAAAUGUAAAUGUUUCUAAGCCUUUAAAUAAAAAGUGGUAAAAUGUUUACUAUUACAAAUGUUCAAACAAUCCAAAUAUGUCAAUAACUCAAAUUUAAAAAGCCACCAGAGUUUCCUUUUAAUACACUCGUAGGACGUAAUCAUCUUCUUUUUUGAAGUAACGUCUGUAUUUUAUAAGAUAAGAUAAUAGCUUGUGAAAAAGAAACCAGUCCAGUCUGAUCAAAGCAUUAUUUGUAUAUGUUUUUUUUUUCUCUUCAAUUUACUGUGUAAAUGAUUUGGUGUUUGAAGACUAUGAUUUAUUAGACAGAUAUUUCUUAUCAAAAUGCAUUGAGAGUUUUAAAGUGUCACCAGUGAAUUUAUUUCCCUACAAAAAGUCUCCUGUACAGAUUGAUUUUAUUUGUAGACAUUUAGUUCAUCUAGGAGACUUGAGCAAGUGUGUGUGUGUGGGGUGUAGCUUUUAAAAUUGCCAUUAUUUUAUAAAGUGAACAAAGCAAUGAGUAUACACGAUUUUUUUUAUAUUUUUUUGGUUGUUGUUGAAAGAAAUGACUUUAUUGAUGGGACUUUAAAAAUGUAAACAGCUGAAGGUAUUUCACAAAAUGUUACACUCGCAGUUUAAAUUCUUGUAAUUGAAUGAACUCUUUGUAGGAUAUUAGCUGACCAAAGAAAUAAAAAUUGAUUGUGAUAUGAUUAUUAUAUUAUGGUGUAAGCUCUUUCUAAAGGGCAGAACUAGUAUCUAGAAACAAAAGUUACUUUCCCAAGUAGUUUAAACAUAGUAUGGAAUCUCGUUGUGAUCUAUAAGUCAUUCUUUUUUUUUUUUUGCCUUUUAUUAUUCCUGCAAUUAAAAUAUUACUUCACCAUUGUCACUUCAAAUGUGAAUAUUUUUUUAAAAAAACUGAAAUAAAACAAUGACAUGACUA